CUCGUCAGUCCCGCGCCGUUCGUCGCUGACAGCACCCGCUACCCGCUCACAAUGAAAACUAAACCUAAAGGCGCCCGUGCCAAAAACAUGGAUAAGCUCAUUGAAGCCGUCCAAGCUAGGGAGUGCCUUUGGGAUAAGAGUUACAGAGGCCACAGGAACCGAUUCAAGCUGGAGCGUUAUUGGAAUGAGGUGGCGGCUGAGGUGGGCACGUCAAGUUUGAACUGUCGCAAGCGCUGGAAGAAUCUCAAAGACCAAUGCCGGAAAGAAAUGAAGAAGGGACCUGGGGAAUCGGAGUGGCCGCAUUUUCAGAAACUGAAAUUUAUUCACCACCAAUUCCUGGCUGAAGAGGAGGAGGGCGAUGAAGAUACCGCCGACGAGGUGUUCAAUUCUCUUGACGAGUCCAUGAAGAGACCGAAACUAGGAUACACGAUGAGAAAGAAAUUAUUGAUGAAUAAGAGAAGAACGAUAGACGUGGACAUGAAUAAGCUGAUUGAAUUGGUCCAGGCCAGAGAAAUAAUAUGGAACAGGCAGUUAAAGGGACACCAUAACUGGUAUAAGCUGGACGAGUGCUGGAAGGAGGUUUCACAGCAGCUGGAAGUGACGCGUGAUGAAGCUAGAUUAAAGUGGAAAUACCUUCGAGAUCAGGCCAGGAAGGAAGUCCGAAAACAAGACUCAGAGUGGGAAUUCCUCCCGAAACUUCAAUUCUUGACCAACCAGUUCAAUGACUAUGAAGGCAACGAGAUCCCCGAAGAUCAUUUCAAUGACUCCCACGAUUAUGAGCCUGAUCCAGGGACUAGUUACUACAACAUUGAACCACCACCGGAGACAGCUCCUGAUGUGAGCGUCAAGGAAGAUGAUUUUGAUGAAUUCGACACGAAGCCUGUAAUAAUGGAGGCGGAUUUCUACGAUGAUGACGACGAAGCCCAGAAAAGCACAACAGGAGGAGAGCCACGCGAACCAGCCAAAGAUGAGGAUAUAGGAUUUUUCAAUAGCUUAUUACCGCACGUCAAAAAACUAGGACCAGCAAAAAAGUUAAUGCUGAGAAUGAAGAUUCAGGAACUAGUCUAUAAUACUGUUUACAAUGAACCAUAGCUUUUAUGGAUGACUUAGAAGAAAUGAAAUUUGAUCCAUCAGCUAUGAUUGUAAUUUGUUUAGGUCGAGAGCGUUUGGGUAAAUUCGGUGGAAAUGUCGAGACAAGAAACUUAUGGCUGACUUUGGAAAUCUUGUUUUUAUU